CCCAAAAAUGGGCAGUCUGUGAUCGUAUCUUCAUCUGCUUUCUGGUCGAGAUAAUUGUGAGGAACCGGGAGGCCACAGAGACAAUAACAGCACACUCACUAUCAACCCGUAUGGACUGACAGAGAGAAUAGGCCCUUUAGUCACUUCAGCCGCCGAUGAAAACAUAAUUCCUUCCUUCAGUCCCACACUGAGCUCAGACAUUACUGAGCAAUGACUGAGGCAGAUCAAGCUAUGAGGAGACGAGUGGGAAAUCGUAAAAGCUGCUCAUGUUUCUGGCUCCAUAAAAAAAGAUUUGUUCAGCGCAUUGAGAUUGUGAUGGAUUUUCCCAUGUUGUCCUGGACAGCUCUUUUUGUUUAAGGCUUCUGAAAAUGGCUCAUUGUUUUGGCGGCGGUAGAGGCCCGUGGUGCAGGAGGCCCUGUGGAGAUGCCAGGCUGCGCAUUCACUCACCGGCAGCAGGCCGAAACGCAUGGAGCGCAGCUCACCUGCAUCAGGGGACUGAGGUGAGAGAGGGAUCUCAGCACUUUACAUGCCAUUGUGUUGUCAAAAAAUAUUACUGUUAUGCCAGUCAUUGUUUGAAUUGAUUUCGUUCUAAUUUUUGUUCUCCUUCCUUUCCAGGUGUUGAAAUGGAGUGGAUAUGUGUUCCCCUUCUGGUUUUCAGUGGGAUUCAUUUCGGUUUUACACAGUUCAGUGGAUUCAACUGUGAUCCAAACUACCACAGCAGAUUCCCUGGUGAGAGAGAUAUCAGCGUAUACUGUGGCAUUCAGACAAUCACACUAAAGAUUAACCUCUGUCCUGUGCUGUACUCUGGAUACACUGAUGCUGACUUGGCCCUGAACGGUCGUCAUGCAGAUGUCCAGUGCCGAGGCUUCAUAAACAAUAACACCUUCCCCACGGCUGUGCUCUUCAGUAUCAGCCUGAGCACACUGGAGUCCUGUGGAAACACGCUGGAGGUUUCUACAUCUCAAAGCUUUAAUGCCUAUGGGAACAUCUCCAGGGUACAGAUGGGUAAUAUAUCGGGCUACAUUGACACCCCAGACCCUCCAACUGUUAUCAGCUACCUGCCAGGUCUGGUGUAUAAAUUCAGCUGCAGUUAUCCUCUGGAGUACCUGCUCAACAACAGCCAGCUGGCAGCCUCAUCUGCUACAAUAUCAGUGAAGGAAAAUAAUGGCACUUUCCUGAGCACUCUCAGUUUGGUGCUUUACAAUGACUCAACCUUCAGUCAGCUGAUCUCUAUACCAAUGUCCGGCCUGUCCUUGAAGACUCGUGUGUUUGCUGCAGUCAAGGCUACAAAUCUGGACAGGAGGUGGAAUGUUCUGAUGGAUCACUGUUACGCAACCCCCUCUGGGAACCCUAAUGAUGGGAUACGCUAUGACCUUUUCUUUGGGUGCUACAAGGAUCCACAGACCACUGUAUUCGAGAACGGGAAAAGUCAAAUGGGCCGCUUUGCGUUUGAGGUUUUCCGUUUUGUGAAACAUAAGAACCAGAAGAUGUCCACCGUGUUUCUGCACUGUAUCACAAAGCUGUGUCGAGCAGAUGACUGCACAAUACUAAUUCCGAUCUGUGGAAAACGCAGGAGGAGAGACACUGUGGAUGAACAUGUGGUAUCAGGUUCAUCCUCAGGGGAUGCCGUCAUUACCGCAGGGCCUAUAAUCACUAGGAGGGAUGAAUCUCCAGUCAACAAUUCACAACUUGUGAGCGGAUCCUCGCAGCAUCUGAAUGCUGUAACCAGUGCCUUGAUAUCAGGUGUGUCUGUGUUAGGUGUGACGUGCCUGGGCCUCUUCGUCCUCUCCCUCAGGCUGCUCAGGAAGCCCAGCCCUUCUGGUCUGACAGGGGUCUGGAACCCCAGCUUCAGAUGACCAUGACUUCCCAAUCCAGAGUGCCCUGAAAUACACCACAAAAUUGGCAUUGGGCUGCUUUGUCAAACAAGUUUUCUCAUUUGAAUUUAUAUUAAUCUGGUAGUCCCUUUUAAAAUACCUCAGUUUGUUACUGUCCGUUUCAGGGUCUGUGAUCCUUUAUGUCUUGAAGUGCAGAGCACAAAACAAAUGUAGAUUGUUCACAUAUAGAUGUCAGAUUAUUUGCUUGAUGAAUUAUUGUUGAUCUUUUGAACUGUGCAUGUAUGCAAUGUAUGUGCAAUGAGAUAAGCAAUGAAUAAACAGAAGAAAAAUUUAACCGAGGCCUUCCAAAUUAAAUAUUAGUUGACAGCAACUGAUUAGAUUGAAUCCCACAGAAAAUACCGCCUAAUAAACAGUGAUUGUAAUGCAUUUUUGUUUAGCUUUACAAUUGUGGGGGCAAAUCACAAUUAUUUUUGAUUGGUAAUAAACAGCCCGCCACAGAUGCUGUUAA